AUGGCUCGCACCAUCGGGAUCGCCGCCGUCGCUCGGCCCGUCGUGACGCCGACUCGCCGCUUCGUGUCCCUCGUGGGUUCCGCCGCGGCGCUUCUGCUCCUCGCAAACGCCGCCCUGCCGGCGCUCGCGGAUUCGACUCAGAUGGCGGCUGCGAGCCGUCGGGUCCUGAAAGCCGCCGCGCCCGUUGCAGCACCCGCGCCCGUAGCAGGGACCGGGGCACCCGCGGUCGGCGCGCCACUGCCGCUGCCGGCGCCGCUCGAUCAGUACUACGACGACGACUACAUGCAGAACUACACCAUGGAGCAAGUGAUCGUAGCCGUGUCGCCUCAGGCGGCGCCGGGCGCAACGCCAUCCCCGCCGCGAUCCUUGCGGUUGAAGGUUCCGUACACAAUCAAGUUCGCGAACGUGUCCAAGUCGUACUACAUUCUUAACUACCUCGCUAACUCGGUGUGCAAGUUCCCGGCUGGGCCGACGAUUUUCCUUCCGACGAAUCAGGCGUGGAGCAACGCGUUCGAGGGGUACAAGAAGAGCCGCAGCAGCGGCGCGCUUUACAAAGCGCUCGACGCGGUCGCGAGCGAUCGGAUCAAGAAGGCAUUCGUUUGGGCGGGGCGUAAGAUAAACAGCACUGAGCUGUCGGUUCUGGCAGACAAGGCGAAAUCGUGCAAAACGCUCACGUCGCAUCCGAUCAGGGAGGCCGCGCGGACCGCGCUCUACAACCUGAUGUCGUUCCACACGGCGGCUUCGCGGGUUACGAUCUUGAAUCUGGAUAACCAGUGUACCGCCUCUGGCACUUCUGUCAAGACCGCGUUCAAUGGCAACAAUCUGAACUUCAAGUGCAACAGCACCGACGCUGGGUUCAUUUCCGCCUCGGACCCCCUUGCAUCCGACGUGGCUGUUGGUACUCCGUCUGCUGUGGCAAUGAUCGACGAGCCGCAGAAGGAUUAUUUCUACGUCAACGUGGUUGUGUUCCCCAGCAACAUUUCCUCACUGCCUGGUUCUCAUCGAUUGUUCCUCUCCUUUCUCCCAUUUCUCCUCACCCUCACUCCCAUUUCUCCUCUCCCCCAUUCCCAUUUCGCAUCCCCCUCACUCCCAACCCUCCAUUUCCGCACUGCCAUCCCUUCCCUUCUCUUUCCUGCCCCCCUAAUUCCCAUUCUUCAUCCUUUUAUUCCCAUAUCUCCACCCCCUCACUCCUAUUUAUCCACCCCCUCACUCCCAUCUCUCCCCCCUCUCUCUCCCGUUUCUCCUCCCCCUCUCUCCCGUUUCUCCUCCCCCUCUCCCGUUUCUCCUCCCCCUCACUCUCAUUUGUCCUCCCCCUCACUUCCAUUUCUCCUCCCCCUGGCUCCCAUUUCUCCUCCCCCCCGCUUCCAUUUCUCCACCCCCUCACUCCCAUCUCUUUACCCCUUUGCCCCUAUUCCUCACCUCCCCUUUUUCUUUUUGGAUGCCAGGGGCCAUUGGGCCAUUGUCAUUGUCUCACGUCUCUUCACUGCACUGCAUAACCACACAUUCACUCACCACCUUUCCACUAUUCGUUCCUCUCCUUGUUCCCAUUUCUCUUCCUCUCCUUCUCAAACUACAGGUGCCACUGCCACUGUCUCGCGCCUCCUCACUGCUCUGCUGGUCUUCGCCUCUGCUCUUGCCUAUGCUCUCUAG